UAUUGCAUAUGUAACAAAAAUGAACAUGACCUCCUGGGUCCAGCCUACUAUACAAUCACUGUUUAUUCCAGCUGGUUCCAUAACCACAUUAAAUAGAACUAGUAUUUCUUUAAAUACUUUGAUUUAGACAUAAAAUGAAACAUUAGUGUACAACUUCCACAAAAUAAAUCUGCAAUAAAAACAGUGGGAAGAAUAACAAGGAUAGCAGCAAUACUUAAACAUGACAUUACAAAAUAAUAAAUUAAAAAAAUACAUUAUAAAGUGGUUGAGGAAUAACAACAACAAAAAAAAAAUUAACAGAUUAAAACCAGAUCCAUACUGCGUUUCUGGGAAUUUGCUGUGCCACACGGCCCCGAACCUGGGCACUGGCUCCAGAGGGCCCAGUGGCUGGAUCAGUAAUUUACAAAAUCUGUUGGAUUUUACAACCACCUCGACUUGAACUGAGGACAAACUGCUGAGCGAGCGCUGAUGGCACCGUCUGGAGCUCCCAGCAGCCUUUUUGGAGCAGGGUCUUGUCUAACAUAAUGCCCAAGUGAACUCUCACACCCAUCCUACAGUCUCACUUCUUCCCGGCGGAACACACGAGCAGAGUGGUGGUUUCCUACAUCCCUGAGCGUAGAGUAGAGGCAGAGGAGCAGUGGCAGGGCACUGCUGACGGGGUUUGCCGUGGGACAGGAACGACAGACACGCUGUACCUUGUAUUUCCUUCGGGUCAGAUCCAAGAGUAUCCGCGCACACGGUGGAAUGUGGAAUGACAACAUGAACACGGGACUCCAUGGUAUUCUUUGGGCAAGUUUGAGAAGAAACAACCAAGUUCAAGUGCUGGCAGACCGAGUGGGAAUGGACGCACAAAUUCAGACAGCUGAGGUUAUCCCAGACCACUGACAGCCACUGGCUCAAGUCAUGCUAACUCCUGUUGGCAUUUUGUCCUUCCCUGGCCUUGGAACUGGGCUCACGAAGAACAGGCCAUGGCUCCAAAGCCAUUCUGCCUCGCUUCUUGCUGUUCCUCCAUCCACCCAACCAGCUUUAAGGCCUGCCUCAAAUGUACGUACAGAACUAGACAAAAAAUGUCUCUGUCAUCACUGAAGUGGCACAAAAUUGCAAAUACAAUACAACGGGAGAGGUGGUGAAGCUGUUGAAAAGAGAACUGAAAUAAUUUAAAAGACAGUGCCCUAUUCUCGUUACUGUCAGCAUGGAGGAGGUACCUUGACAAGGGCUUUUAAAUACAGCAAAAAACAGACGGACUUUUCGAAACAACAAUCCUUGCCUAUUCUUAUUUUGUGCAUUCAAUAAAACACUGACCUAGCAAAGACAUUAGGAACUAUCAUAUGUCAACUGAGUCAUUGACAUAAAGCUACUUGACUUAUAGAUCUCCAUAUCAGGGGCCUUUCCCUUCACCUCGCUUGGUUUGUACUGAGCCAGUUGUGCUGCAGGUGUGACAGGAUUUUUAUUAUGGGUGGGCUUUAGUAUCUGGGUUUGGGAUUUAUUUUUAACACUUUUUUUUAGGGAAAAAUCCACAUGAGACUGCAUGCAAAGCUUUUGGGCAAUAAUCCAUUUUGCAUUUUUCCUAUCUGACUGGUUUAUUGCACAUUCAAACGUUCUGAAAAGUUUAAAUACACUCUAUGAACAGCUUUGACUUCAAAGCAAUUUGGAAAAUCCAGGGUUAUGGGGACUCUGCUACUCAGCCCAGGACUGUAGAGAUGCUGUCUGCCAGCUGCUGCACAUCCCAACAACCAGAACUGCAGAAACUGGUCUCCAAGUGCCAAAAGAUCCCUACAGAACACGGGGCUGAACAUGCCUGUCCUGUACAGUCCUGCAGGAUGAGCAUCUUUAGCCACCCUGUGCAAAUCUCAUAAUAUGGUACAAUUUGACACCUCCAAUGAGACUCCUGACAACAAAUCACAAGAAUUGUUGUCAAUGGCAAAAAGAAAACCACAAAUAAAACAAAAACAAAAAUGAAAAAACCAAACCAAACCCAAACAAAACAAAAAACCAAACAAAAACCCAGAGAAAGAUGCCAGAGUUUUGACAAGUGUCUACUUUCUGUCUUAUCACAGUUUAAAGCUAUUACCAAACUCAAUUAAGAAAAAAAAAAAAACAAAAUAGAAGUAUUCCUGUAGACUUCUCCUAAGGACAGUCUCUUACCCACAGCUGAAUUUCAAUGCAUUAUUCCAUAAACCUAACAUCUGUUAAGUGUUUCAGUAAUGAAUCUCUCUAAAAAUCAGGCUUGCCAAAGAAAAAAAAAAUCCUAUGCAAGCAAGUCUGCUUAAGUUUAGACAUAUUUGAUAGAUAACUGGGUCUCUCUGAAGCCAUGUUAUUUGUUAAAAUACUGCCUCAUCUUGGUGUGCAAGUGCGAAAAGUUUUAGUGAUUCAGUGUUAGGUUACAAUGUAAGAUGUAACCAAAAGUAUGUAUUCUAUCACCAUCUGUUUAAACCAAGUGGGGCAGUGUUCUUAUCUCUUCUCCUUUUCUAUAUGACACACCCCUGAUAACUCCCUCCGGGGAGAUAAUCUUCUGUUAAUGGGCCAUCAAGCCUCACUGCAUGACUCAUAAAAUUCCAUCAUCCCAUUGUGAGAUGCUCCGCCCAGCAGGAGGAGCCAAGCAUUUCCUACCUGGAUAUAAUCUGAGUUUUGGAACACCACAGUAGCCCUCACCUACUGCAUUCCCAGAGGAGUUACAGAACCACCGCUGGACCUUCAGAGAAAGACCAGGCAGGAUCACUGCCUCAAGAGAAUCACAUCUAUCACUUCAGGACUGCAGUCCCCACUCACUCGGACUGCCACCACCCCCCUGGCCAACAGGGUGUCAGCUCCUAUGCUGACUUGGCCCUCAACUCGCCAUGGCGUCAGGCAGCGGCACCAAGAACCUGGACUUCCGCCGGAAAUGGGACAAGGAUGAAUACGAGAAACUCGCAGAGAAGUGGCUCGCAGAGGAGAGAGAAAAGAAACACGGCAAACCAGCUCAGCCUGUCAAAAGGGAACUUCUGCAGCACCGAGGCUACAAAGUGGACCUGGAAUCCAAGCUGGGCAAAACCAUUUUCAUCACCAAAACUACCCCUCAGUCAGAGAUGGGAGGGUAUUACUGUAACAUAUGUGACUGUGUGGUGAAAGAUUCCAUUAACUUCUUGGAUCACAUCAAUGGCAAAAAACACCAGAGGAAUCUGGGCAUGUCCAUGCGGGUGGAGCGCUCUACACUGGAGCAGGUGAAGAAACGCUUUGAGGUGAAUAAGAAGAAGAUGCAGGAGAAGAAGAAGGAGUAUGACUUUGAGGAGAGGAUGAAGGAACUCCGUGAGGAGGAGGAGAAGGUCAAAGCCUACAAGAAGAAGAUGCAGAGAGAGAAGAAGAGGCAGGUGGAGGAAGAUUUGACCUUCGAAGAAAACCAUGAAAUGGCAGCUGUGAUGGGUUUCUCUGGUUUCAGCUCAACCAAAAAGAAUCACUGAGCAGCUCCGCAUUCUCUUUCUCUACAGAGAACUCCAGAUAACUAUUCAAAGACUUUAUAGAGGACUUCCCAGUAGAAGUUGGCUGGAAGAGCUGAAAAGCUAUUCUAUGCUCUAUCUGUGCUGCAGAUCAAGCUCUGCCCCUCAUUAGUUUCCCUUCUCCUUCUGUGUACCGGAUCUGGCUGCUCAGCCGCUCUGUGGCUGUGUGUGUGUAGGGAAGUGCUCUGUUGGGGACAUUUUCUUUUGUCAAUAAAGUACAGUCUUUCUGCACAGGUGGCCUGGUUCCUUUUCUUUGUGCUUUAUGCCGUAAUUUCAGUAUCUUUAGGGUAGGGGAGAAAUUUUUCCCCAUGACUGGUCAAUUGAAAAAAAGGUGUGUACAUAAAUAAACAGAACAUUUUACUGGGCCCAUGAUGCCUCUGGUCAUCAGGAACAAGAUGCAAUGUACCAUUGGGCUCGUGACUGAGAGGUGACCUUGACCAUAGGCAGUAUCUCACGGGCCAUCCACAGCUGUGAGACCUGCACUGCAAUCAGACAGGCGAAGUGGGUGAAGCCUCUGUGGUAUGGUGGAUGAUGGUCUAAGUACAGGUAUGGGGAAACCUGGCAAAUUGACUACAUCACCCUUCCCCAAACCCACCAAGGCAAGCACUAUGUGCUGACCAUGGUGGAAGCCACCACUGGAUGGUUGAAGACCUACCCUGUGCCUCAUGCCACGGCCCACAACACCAUCUUGGGCUGGAAAAGCAAGUCCUGUGGAGACAUGGCACCCUUCAGAGAAUGGAGUCAGACAACGGGACUCAUUUCAAGAAUAACCUUACUAACACCUGGGCCAGAGAACAUGGCAUUGAAUGGAUAUAUCAUAUCCUUUAUCAUGCACCAGCUGCUGGCAAAGUUGAACAGUGCAACAGAGAACUCAAAAUCACCCUGAAGGCACUUGGCAGGGGGACCUUCAAAAAUUGGGAAGUGAAUUUAGCAAAGGUCACCUGGAUAGUCCAUCCAGGGUCCAUUAAUGGAGCUGGUCCUGCCCAGUCCAAACCAUUGUACACAGUGGAUGGAGAUAAACUCCCUGUGGUACACAUGAAAGGUUAUUUUAGGAAAGACUGUUUGGAUUAGUCCCACCUCAGGCAAAAGCAAAGCCAUCUGUGGGACUGUUUUUGCUCAAGGACCUGGUUACACUUGGUGGGUAAUGCAGAAAAAUGGGAAACCCAUUGUGUACAAGGAGACCUAAUCAUAAGUGAGAACUGUGUGUAAGGUUUCAUUGUGUAUAUAUAUAAAAUCAGAGUUUAAAGAGGGUAUGGAUUUUGGUAUGAUGCAGAUGAUAACAGAAUAACGGGUAGAUAAUGUCUUAGGUUACAAUGUAAGAGGUAACCAAAAGCAUGUAUUCUAUCACCAUCUGUUUAAACCAAGUGGGGCAGUGUUCUUAUCUCUUCUCCUGCCUUCCUCUUAUCUCUCCUCCUUGUCUAUGUGACACACCCUUGAUAACUCCCUCCAGGGAGAUACUCUUUUGUUAAUGGGCCAUCAAGCCUCACUGCAUGACUCAUAAAAUUCCAUCAUCCCACUGCGAGAUGCUCUGCCCAGCAGGAGCCAAGCAUUUCCUACCUGGAUAUAAUUUGAGUUUUGGAACACCACAGUAGCCCUCACCUACUGCAUUCCCAGAGGACAAGAGCUACAGAACCACCUUCAGAAGAAGACCAGACCCUUCUACAGGAUCACUGCCUCGAGAGAAGCACAUCUAUCACUCCAGACUGCAGCCCCCACUCACUCGGACUGCCACCACCCCCCUGGCCAACAGGGUGUCAGCUCCUAUCCUGAUUCUGUCAGUUUAAGCCAGUGUUUCUGCAUUAUUGCCUUGUUAUAUAUACUAGUAAAGAACUGUUAUUCCUAUUUUUCCUACUUUUGCCUGAAAGCCCCUUAAUUUCAAAAUUACAGUAAUUUGGAGGGAAGGGGUUUACAUUUUCCUUUACAAGAGAGGCUCCUGCCUUCCUCAGCAGACACCUGUGUUUCAAACUAAGACAUUCAGGUAUUGGAUUUGCUUUUGUUUCUCCUGUGUUAGAGAACAAACCUUUUAAUAUUAGUUUCAGAUAUUGGAAAAAAUAGCCUUAUAUGGCUCUCUGGAGAAAUUUUCAUCCCUACAGAAUUGAAGUCAUAAAUUCUUCCAAUAGCUUUCCAUAACAUCUAGAAUGUAUUCACUAUAGUUCCCUUUCACCUCAAUCUCCAAAUAAACCUUUCCCAAGGCCAAAAAAUUUGAAGCAGGAGUUUGCACUGUUAACUUGACUUUUAGUGACUUCCAUGUGAGUUUUAGAAUUUAAAGUCACACAAGCACACCUUGGGUAGAACAGUGGCACAGAAAUCACAGUUUUGGGAUUGAAUGGACUUUCUUCCUCUGUCUCCUCCUUACAAGGCUUCUCUGGAAGGUACUUACAUCUGAACAAACUAUGGAAAGCAAUUCUGCAGGAGGAAAGAAUUGUUUUCACGUGCAAAACAAUUAGAUUUCAGCCAGGACAACCAAAAAGAAAUCAUACAAUACUGUUUAAGCUGUCCCAGAUUCCUUCACUUUUCUCAAGGUGAGCCACAGCUUCCACUGGGAGCUUCCUGCUAAGGCAGAACUUGGAUUUUUUUACCUUUCAGUUAAGUGUUCAUAUGGAGGUAUUUUCUGCUAGAAGUUUACUUAAACAGAUGUUUAAAAUGUGCAAUGCAAAUUCUGGUGCCAGUCAGACUCUCUGCACCUGCUGGACUCUACAAAGGCUCAAGCUUGAUUUAAGACAGACUAACUAGAUGCACCUACUAGUUUCAAGUCCUCAGCAAAUAAGCUCAUUCUCAAAUACACUUUGACUCUCCUAUUAAAAACGCUCCACAGGUCGCUGACCCUAUCACAAUAUGUGUUACAAAUCUAGCAGAAUAUCCUGUGUAACCAAAGCCAAAUGCUGAACUUGGCUGCAUUUCAUGUCAGGGGGGAUGGAAACAGAGGGAAGGGGUUAUUGUAACAAAGAGGAGAAAAUAGAGUUGGGAACCACCAAGAAAAGCCCCGACCCCGACCCUCCCCCCCUAAUCCACCAGCAUUGGAAGGGAAACAGCCCCAUCUCUAAGUUGUCAGAGUUCAGAUGUUUCAGACAGCUUAGCAGGAAGUUCACAGCAAGCUUCUUCUAGCUUUUGAUUUGGUGGUCCAUGAGCUAGUAUCUGUUUCCUUUGGUUGCUUUUUCA